AUGAGGAUGAAUUCCAAAGCUCAGAAAAUGGAAUUAAAUGAUGGCCACUCCAUUCCUGUACUGGGCUUUGGCACCUAUGCAACUGAAGAGCAUCUCAAGAUCAAGUCUAUGGAUUCCACCAAAGUAGCUAUAGAUGUUGGAUUCCGCCAUAUUGAUUGUUCUCACUUCUACCAAAAUGAAGAAGAGGUGGGAAAGGCCAUUCGAAGCAAGAUUGAAGAUGGCACUGUGAAAAGGGAAGAUAUAUUCUAUACUUCAAAGCUUUGGUCAACUUCUCAUCGUCCAGAGUUGGUCAGACCCAGCUUGGAAAGUUCACUGAGGAAGCUUAAUUUGGACUACGUUGACCUCUAUCUCAUUCAUUUCCCAGUGUCUCUGAAGCCAGGGGAUGAUAUUUUACCUCAAGAUGAGCAUGGAAACUUAAUACUUGACACAGUGGAUCUCUGUGCCACAUGGGAGGCCAUGGAGAAGUGUAAGGAUGCAGGAUUAACCAAGUCCAUCGGGGUGUCCAACUUUAACCGUAGGCAGUUGGAAAUGAUCCUGAACAAACCAGGGCUCAAGUAUAAGCCUGUGUGCAACCAGGUAGAAUGUCAUCUUUAUCUCAACCAGAGCAAGCUGCUGGAUUACUGCAAGAUGAAUGACAUCAUUCUGGUUGCCUAUGGUGCACUGGGAACUCAGAGAUAUAAAACUUGUGUUAAUGAGGAUACUCCAGUUCUCUUGGAUGAUCCAGUUCUUUGUGCCAUAGCAAGGAAGUACAAGCGGACACCCGCCCUCAUUGCCCUUCGAUACCAGCUGCAGCGUGGAAUUGUGGUCCUAGUCAAGAGCUUCAAUGAGGAGAGAAUCCGAGAGAACAUGCAGGCUUUGGAUUUCCAAUUGGCUUCAGAUCACAUGAAAAUCCUCGAUGGCUUGAACAGAAAUUUUCGGUACUUUCCUGCUGAUAUGUUUAAUGCUCACCCCAGCUUCCCAUUCUUUGAUGAGUAUUAACAUGGAGGCCUUUGCUAUGAGCUCUGUUAGAAGCUCGUGUGUGCGAUGCUGGACUCUCAUAUGCCAAUAGAUGAAUACAUCACCUUCAAUCCAUGCUGCU